CUCUUCAGUUCUGUGUCGGUGCAUACAAUCUGCCAUUUUAGAAUUUGAACGCAGUGCAAAUUCAAGUCGCAUUGGUGUCAGAGUUUACAUAAUUGUAGUUUAACUGGAGGUUUAUCAUCGAUAGAUAAGAGAGGUAGGUUUUAGUUCAUCUCGGUUUCCUUUUGCACAGAAUCUUUUGUUAACGUGAAACGUAUUUGUGGGGUUGAGGCAUCCAAACUGACAUAGGCUACCUAAACUGACCAUACCCUAGUAUACAACAUAACUACAUCGUGAAUACGUUUUGAGCUACUUUAAAAAUGAAAAAUUAAAAGAAAAUCUACUUGCUCGGCUGCUAAUGAUGUUCCUCACUAGUGUUAUCACCGCUGCCUUAGAUAGUGUGAUUCGUAGUCAUAUUUUAGCCUUUGGUUAACAGACUCGGGAACUCUUCAAUUGUUUGAAGUAUACCGGCAAUCAAUUUUGUUAGAUGAAAUACACGUGAAUAUAGGUGAAGUUUAGAUGGUGUUUGUUGCUUCAUCGUCGCGGAGGUAGGACAAAUAGGCUAACGUAACCAGAGAUUGCACAAUAGACUAGGCCUGGGGACAACAGAACCAUAUUAUAGGAUAAAUAGUACUCUAUAAUAGCAUUGGUCUAGCCUAAUAUGCGGCCUUUAAGUGCUAUCGGAAAUGUCUCAGGACUAAUUACCACACACUUGGUAUGUUGGACAUAACAGCACGGUGUACAUGCUAGCAACCUAGGAACACUUGGCUGGGGCUGACGCAGAAUUUCAUCGUCGCAUUCGACCGUCGCAUCACUUGACAUUCCUGUUGCCUUUACGCUACUACAUUCAAAUGGCUUUAUUGACAUGACUGCAUACAAGACAACAUUGCCAAAGAAUACUAACACAAACUACACAAUCUAAAUUAACAUAAAUAAAUAAAAUAAGCAGUAACAGUACAUAGAGCAUGCAGAACAAGAGGGUCUAUGGAAGGUGGGUGAGUAACAGAAUAUAAACAUAUAACAAGUUAAUUAUUAAUUAGUAAACAUUAAGUAUUAGUCAUGUGGGACAGGGGGUUCACAGAGCUGUGGAGCUCAUGGCAGGCUGCUACAUAUCUUCAGCAGUCCUCCCUCUCUCCCAGUAGAGCACAAGUGUCACUUAGAUAAAGGAACUCUGGGAACAUUUUUAUUAUUUUUGCAAAAUAUUGGUGUGGGCUUUGGCUUUGGUAUUGGUUUCAGUGAGUUAGGACGUGCAGCUCUGUCUCCACUGUUCCCUGGUCCCAGUAAGAACACAGCCUCUCCUCUCUGGGUAGCCAGGUCUGUCUGUGCCAGCCUACUUGCACUGCCAGGUUGUGCUCACUCAGUCUGUGUUUAGUCAGUGUUCUCCUCAGUUAUGUAUCAGACACUGUGGUCAAGUAGGUUGCCACAGUGUGCUGUCUGUUCAGAGUUACAUGUGUUUACUUUUUGUUCUGGGAUUUUGUUAGUUUUGUCCAGUGAUCUCUGUAUUUUGUUUUCUUUCAUCAUAAUUUGGUUGGGUCUAAUUAUCUGAGUGAAUGAGUCUUUAGGCUGAGGUGGUGUAAUGACCUGAGUGGUUGAUGGUUCGCUCAGCCUUAGGACAAGCAGGCAGAGGGGACUCCUUUGUGGGUUCAACUCCUGGCAUUAUAGGGCUUUGUAGGAAAAAGAGAGUUGGUCACUUGUUUCAAUAUGAUUCCAGAAAUGUAGGGCUCAUUUUUGAAUAUUUAACAGUAUUGGUAAGAUUUUGGCCUAAUUCAGCUCUACAUGCAGAGUUAGGAGCUUUUAACGGCACCUGGAGGACACUUUUGCAGAACUGUGUAUGCAGGAUUUCAACGGGAUGUUUGUCCCAUUUUGUCCAGUCUUGUUGUGUUUGUGUACCCCACACCUCGCUGCCAUAUUAUGCAAUGAGUUUGAUGAUUGAUUUGAAUAUUUUGAGCCAGGUAUUUAUUGGUAGGGCAGUCUUUAUUGGUCUUCUGAUGAUAUAGAAAGCCCUUUUUGCUUUAUCUCUUAAUUUAUUCACAUUUCGUUUGUUCCUGUGUUUGAAUUAUCUUCUAUUCAGGAGUUUCUUGGUGGUGUUCUGGAGACUCUCUAUAAGUCUAUACUAUAUACAAGUAUUCAAACUCCUGUGCCUUUUGAGUUCCAGAUUGUGACGAUGAUACAGAGGCGCAAGGUGAUUCAAAGCUCAAACAAGGAAGUGUUUAGAUGUCCACCUGAGCACCAAUGAAUCCAUAAGAAGAAAGUGUAUCUUGCAUCACAGCAUCCAGACAAAACUAAGCAUCAUAAGAAGACAUUCAGUGGUGAGGGAGGUCUCUAGAAUCCAGCCAUCACCCUGAAAAACCCACAAAGUUCUGGAAUAAGCUUCUGGAGGGCUGGAACAAGAGCACAGGGACACAUUUCAGGUUGAACCAUGGCUGAGAAGCAGGUGAUCCUCCAGUUCCGCUUUGCCAACUUUGGAGAGUCGAUGUUACAGAAGAUGGACGCCCUGCGCAGCCAAAGACGCUUUUGUGACGUACUGGUUCGCAUUAAUGAUCUGGAGGUACCCGGUCACAAAGUGGUUUUUGCAGCAGGAUCUCCCUUUCUCCGGGACCAGUUCUUCCUCCAGGACUCAGUAGAAAUCCAGAUCAGUACUUUGCAGGAUGCAGAGGUAGGACAGAAGCUAUUGCUGUCUUGCUACACAGGAACACUUGAGUUCCCAGAACUAGAGCUGGUCAAUUACCUCACAGUGGCAAGCUUUCUCCAGAUGGGUCACAUUGUGGAGCAAUGCACUCAGGCACUUAAUAAAUUCAUUAAGCCACAUCAGGUGAAGGACGAUCAAAUCGCACAGGAACCUUCUAGCGAAAUUGGACCGUUUCUUCCCACAGUAGAGGCAGAACAAAAUAAGAUGGAGAACGAAGAGGUAGAUGAAAGGGAGGAGGAGGAUGACAAUGCCAUCAUUCUAGAUCACAUGAUGCCCCCAUCAGCCACGAGGAAAAGACACAGCAACACUUCUGAAGAAUGUGAAAACAGCCCUCUCGCCAUCAUAAAAGUGGAGUCAGUUAGCGAUAAGGUGGCGGACAGCAUGCGUCGUGAUCUCAUCUCCCAAUCACCGACUCUUCAUUCUCCUGAACCACAGCACUCCCUGAUUAACUCCACUGUAGAAAGUCGUAUUGGUGAUUCAGAGACUCAAAUGGUGCAUCUUGCCGAUUACCCUUCGAGUCCUGUCCCAGCAGGAUCGUCCCGUGUUUGGGGGGGUCUACGCACCAGCGAGAAGGGCAUCCAGUGGUACCACCAGUGCCCCAAGUGUUCUCGUGUCUUCCGCCAGCUGGAGAACUACGCCAACCACCUCAAGAUGCACAAGCUGUUCAUGUGCUUGCUCUGUGGCAAGACGUUCACUCAGAAGGGGAACCUUCACCGACACAUGCGUGUCCACGCAGGGAUUAAGCCAUUUCAGUGUAAGAUUUGUGGGAAGAACUUUACCCAGAAGUGCUCCCUGUUGGAUCACCUCAACCUGCACAGUGGGGACAAGCCUCACCGCUGCAACUACUGUGAGAUGGUCUUUGCACACAAACCAGUGCUCAGAAAGCACCUGAAGCAGGUACACGGCAAGAACAGCUUCGAUAACGCCAACGAGGGCUGCAUGCAGGAACUCGAGUUCAGCGGACUGCAGGAAUCAUCCAGCACAGACAACAAGAUGGAGCAGUUAGUCUCAGAAACAAGACAAUAUGGAGUCACACUGCAACACUGAUCAAUUCAAUUCAAUUUUAUUUAUAUAGCGCCAUAACAAUACAAUUGUCUCUAGGCGCUUUGAGACACUGAUCAAUUGCUAAGAGUUUGUCACUUCACUUCCAAAGUCAUCUAUUUACAGGCAUACUAAUUACUGGUAUGCCCUUGAAAUGAUGAUCCAGUGUAUUGAACAAUAGGAUUGGGAAUUAAGAGUGUGGCAAUGAGUACAUCAGGAAUGCUAUGAUAAGAUUACGGACUUGUUGUCAAUAAAGACUGCACUCUUUUUACUGUA